AUGAUGAUGUCCUCUUCAUCAAAACCAAAACCCUAUCCGAUUGACACUGCAGCCAAACACGAUCUUUUAGCUGCAAGGAAGAAGAUUUUCCCCAAAGAGGCCAUCUCUAUCAGCAAGGCAAUCAUCAGCGCCAUGUGCAACGCUGGUCAGUCAGGCGACCCCUUGGAUCUAUUCGAUUUCUUUUUCAACGAGUCCAAGAUGAAGCCUGACAUCUCUACCUGCAAUCUCAUCAUCAAAUCUCACUGCGAGGAAGGCCGCCUUGAAGACGCUCUUCGACUCUACAACCACCUGAUCUCGAUGACGACGACGACACCUUCCCCGGACCACAAGACAUAUGACCUCUUGACCAAAGCCCUUGUCGAUGUUGGAACGAUGGACCAUGCUCUGGGCCUUUUGUUGAGUGGAAGGGCUGAGUUAUUCAAUUUCCAACAGCCAGGCAUGUACAUGAAUCUCAUACGUGGCUACUUGGAACAAGGGAAUCUCUACAUGGCGUAUCAGCUCCGCGACGAUUUCAAAACGUGUUCCAUACGCAAUAGAAUCGCAAUACUCAACUCAGUAUUCGAUGAAUAUUUGUUCAAGCAAGGCAAGGACGAGGAAGCUAUGGAGCUGUACAGGACCUAUGGCUUCACAGCAAAUGUACACGUGAGCACUCCUUAUUUGGAGAUUUUGCUCAAGUACGGCAAGAAAACCCAAGCAUGGGAAUUUUUCCAUUAUAUGCUUGACAACUACGUCGACCGCUGCAUUGGUUUAGAUGAAGAUACUCUUAAUAUGAUGGUAAAUGAGUGUAUUGAGGCCGGGCAAUUCAGCGAUGCAGUCAACAUCUUUGCCAAGACCAAGGCUAAGUUAAACUACUUGCGUACAUAA